AUGGCGACGCGGACACUGGCUGGCCCGGGGCGGGGACCGCCGCGACGGCGAAGGGUGGAGCUGUCGGGCGAAGGUGACGGACGGCGGAGGGCGCUUCGUAUCCGCCCGGGCAUGUCAGGGGAGCCCACGGUGCGGCUACGGGCGAGGCGGCGGCAUUAUAGGCUGCGGCAGGCAGCUCAUGCAGGGGGGGACCGACAAGAGGCUGCACAAGUGUAUGACGAGUUGGCAUUUUGCACAGAUAGAAGAGAAAACCUUUUUGCUGAGAUCUUCAGGCACAACUCUCCUCAGCCUCUCUCCAGCCAUGCAGCCCGAGCCAGGAGGAAGACAGAGUUGACAGCAACAGCUCCAUUCUGGGACUUCCAGCCUCCUGGUGUUUCCCAAGGAUCCAAAGAGGAGAAGAAAUUAAGUGGUUCCCAGCAGGAAGGACCAUCUGGAGCUAAGGCAUCGAGUCCUGUUGCAGAAACAUUUGGAAUUAUUCAGGGGGCAAUAAGUGAAGAGUUUGUGAGAGCCACUCAGGGGGUCUACCAGUUUGAAUUAUCUGGUGAUGAUGGAGGCACUUGGUACAUUGACCUGAAAACCAAGAGUGGGAGUGCUGGUUUUGGCAAGCCUCCUGUGACAGCUGAUGUGGUUAUGAGCAUGUCCAGUACUGACUUUGUGAAGAUGUUCACAGGUAAACUAAAGCCAACCAUGGCCUUCAUGUCAGGAAAAUUAAGGAUUAAAGGUAACAUGGCUCUAGCAAUAAAGCUCGAGAAGAUGCUAACAAAGCUGAACUCUAAACUAUGAGGGUAAACCCUCACUAGCAGAUCAGUGGCCUUUCGUAUUUGACUGCAAUAUGUUUUAAAAUGAUAAUCCUUGUUCUUUUCUGAUGUAAUAUAACAAAUAUAAAAUGUGAUAGUAAGAAGGAUAAGCUGAGAAAACCCAGAAAACCUGCUGAUGGACAAGGAGACAUUCUCCUUCCUUGCUGAUCCUGGGAUGGAAGAACUUUCAGUAUUUUGUGGCUCACAGUCUAGAACUCCUGGGAUUUCUCUGAACUCUUUUGUGAAUAGGAAGAACACAAAAGUUUUUAUUAACCCAUACACUGAAAUUUUAGGAACGAGUGUAGCCUCAGAAAGAAUCCAGUCAAUCUGUUGGAUUUAUCUAGUCUGUGUUUGCUAAAUGUGCACUGCUUUUACAGAAGAGCUUGGUAGGAAAGUAACCUGGAAAGUAAUCUGGUUUGU